AUUUCAAAGUUUUUGUUAGAGAGAAAAACAUGAAUUCUAUGGGAAUCUAUUGAUUUUUUACUAUUUAUAUAAUCAGUCAACCCAUAAAUUUCUUCAUUCAAUUAGGACACCUAUUCAUGAACGAAAUGAAUUUCGCUGAAAGAUGAUUUUGAUUUGGGACGUUCACCAUUUUUUGGGUUUUCUAGUUAGAUUCCCCGUCAAUUAUUUUCUAUUGUUCAUUUUACAGAUUUUCUAUCUGUAGUAAAAUGGAUGGAUCAUCGGAAAAAACUACCAAUAGAAUGGUAUCAAUUCUACCGAAUUAUAAGAUUGGUAAAACUCUUGGGCAUGGAUCCUUUGCGAAAGUGAAAUUAGCACUGCAUGUAGCUACUGGGCACAAAGUUGCUAUCAAAAUCCUUAAUCGUGCUAAGAUUAAGAACAUGGGUAUUGAGAUCAAAGUACAAAGGGAGAUCAAAAUUCUAAGGUUGUUGAUGCAUCCUCAUAUCAUCCGUCAAUACGAAGUUAUAGAGACGCCUGAUAACAUUUAUGUUGUGAUGGAAUAUGUUAAGUCUGGAGAAUUAUUUGACUAUAUUAUAGAAAAAGGUAGAUUGCAAGAAGACGAGGCUCGUCAUCUAUUUCAGCAGAUCAUAUCUGGUGUGGAGUAUUGUCAUCGCAAUAUGAUCGUUCAUAGAGAUCUUAAGCCUGAGAAUAUGCUUUUGGAUUCGAAAUGUAACAUAAAGAUUGUUGACUUUGGAUUGAGUAAUGUCAUGCAUGAUGGUCAUUUUUUAAAGACUAGUUGUGGAAGCCCUAAUUAUGCUGCUCCAGAGGUUAUUUCAGGAAAACCAUAUUCUGGACCAGAAGUAGAUAUAUGGAGUUGUGGGGUUAUAUUAUAUGCUCUAUUGUGCGGUACUCUUCCCUUCGACGACGAAAAUAUUCCUACUCUAUUCGAUAAAAUAAAGAAAGGAAUGUAUACUCUUCCAGAUCAUUUAUCAUAUGUUGCUAGAGAUUUGAUACCGAGAAUGCUUAUGGUUGAUCCUCUGAUGAGAAUUAGCAUUACUGAGAUUCGUCAACAUCCUUGGUUCAAUAAUCAUGUUCCUCUUUAUCUUUAUAUGCCUCCAUUAGAUACAAUAGAAGAAGCUAAAAAGAUUGAUGAGGAGAUAAUUCAAAAAGUAGUUAACAUAGGAUUUGAUAGAAACCAAGUUGUUGAAUCUCUUGUCAAUAGAAUCCAAAACGAGGCUACAAUUGCAUACCAUCUAAUACUAGAUAACCGAAACCAAAAUUUUGUUCCUAAUGACCCUUUCCAAUCCAACUUUAAAGAGAUAUCGGGUGGUAUAUUUAAUUCGACGUUUCCAGCUGUUCAAAAUAUUACUUCACAUGUUGGCCAUUCAUUCUCGGCAUUGUAUGGACUAAAAUCACAUGUCAAAGAUGACAAAACAUGGACCCUUGGCCUUCAGUCUCAAGGGAGUCCUCAUGAUAUAAUGAAUGAAAUUUUUAAGGCUCUUCAAAAUCUAAAAGUGUGCUGGAAAAAAAUCGGACUCUACAAUAUAAAAUGUAGAAGGGUCCGAAGCCUUGCUAACUACAAGAAUCAUACAAUUGAGGGUGAAUGUAUUAUCAUCAAAUUUGAACUUCAGCUAUACAAAGUACGUGAAGGCAAGUAUUUGUUGGACAUCCAAAGAAUUGAUGGACCUCAGUUUAUCUUCUUUGAUAUAUGUGUUGCGUUUCUCAGAGAGCUAGGGGUCCUCUAAAGCUCAAUCAUCAAUGGUUUUUAGAUGAUAAUUGUGAUCAGCUAGGUGUCCUCUAAAGCUCAUUUCAUCAAUGUUUUUUCGAUGAUUAUUGCUUCAAUGUUUAGAAUUCAAUUAUAUUUCCUAUGUUUCUGUAUUUAUGGAUUAAUUAAUCGUUGACAAUAAACAAAAAAAAAAAAAAAAUAGAUUGUAUU